GUGCACCUGUGUGUGGGGGGGUACUGGCACUUUGCAUGUCCCGCUUGCCUCCAUGAACACACCUCUUGUGCGCACCAGCUUGCGCGUGCGCCACUCGCACACGCGUGUGUCUCCACCCCCUGCUUCCUCCCAGCUGCUUCCUGCUCCCGGCUUUGGGGGGGAUGGGGGCUGGGAACUCCCCCCACCCCCCAGCCCCUCCCCUGGCCCUACACCAGGGCCCGUCAUGGUGAACCCCGGCAUGUGGCCUGCAGAAAUAAGAAUGUCUAAGCCCCUGGAACUGGAGAAGUCGCGACUGGACCUGCCUGGCGAGCACACGGACCCUGAACGGAAUGGCCCCGACACAAACCACCAGGCCCAGCAGAACAAGCCCCUGCCCUUCAGUGGCCCCGGCACCAAGGUCAAGGCAGAGGAUGCCCCCGAAAUGCCGCCAGCUCCAGCCCCAGCCCCCGCCCCAGCACCCCCGCCUCCCCCCCACCUGCCCCAGGCUCAGCUCAUGCUGGCUGGCAGCCAGCUGGCAGGACUGACGGCGCUGAUGCCGGCACAGCAGCAGCUCCUCCUGCAGCAGGCCCAGGCCCAGCUUUUGGCAGCUGCCGCCAGCGCCGCCGCUGCCGCCGCCCCCGGCCCCGAUGCCCCCCCUGGCCCCGGCCCUGGCCCCGGCCCCCCUGCCCCCCCAGCACCCUCCCUUGCCCUUUCCCAGCCUAUCCAGCUCACCGCACAGGAUAUCCAGCAACUGCUGCAGCUCCAGCAACUCGUGCUCGUGCCUGGGCACCACCUCCAGCCGCCCGCCCAGUUCCUGCUGCCACAGGCCCAGCAAGGACAGCAAGGGCUGCUUCCGACACCAAAUCUCUUUCAGCUACCUCAGCAAAGCCCCGGGGCCCUGCUGCCCAGCCAGCCCCGUCCAGGGCUGCCCGCACAGCUGGCCCACGCCCCCCCCACAAAAUGCCUGGAGCCCCCGUCGCACCCUGAGGAGCCCAGUGACCUGGAGGAGCUGGAGCAGUUCGCCCGCACCUUCAAGCAGCGCCGCAUCAAGCUGGGCUUCACCCAGGGUGACGUGGGGCUGGCCAUGGGCAAGCUGUAUGGCAACGACUUCAGCCAGACAACGAUCUCGCGCUUUGAGGCCCUCAACCUCAGCUUCAAGAACAUGUGCAAGCUCAAGCCCCUGCUCGAGAAGUGGCUCAAUGACGCUGAGACCAUGUCAGUGGAUGCAACACUGCCCAGCCCCAACGCCCUGAGCAGCCCCAGCCUGGGCUUCGACGGGCUGCCUGGGCGCCGCCGCAAAAAGAGGACCAGCAUCGAGACCAAUGUGCGCUUCGCCCUGGAGAAGAGCUUUCUCGCGAACCAGAAGCCUACCUCAGAGGAGAUUCUGCUGAUCGCAGAGCAGCUGAACAUGGAGAAGGAGGUGAUCCGCGUCUGGUUCUGCAACCGGCGCCAGAAGGAGAAGCGCAUCAACCCCUGCAGCAGCAGCCCCAUGCUGCCCGCCCAGGGCAAGCCCCCCACCUACAGCCCCCACAUGGUGACCAGCCCUGGCCCCGGCGUGAGCCUCCCGCUCUCCCAGGCGUCCUCCAGCCUGAGCACAACAGUGACUACCUUGUCGGCGGCACUGCCCCCAGGCCGGCCGGGUGCAGGCGGGGGGGCCCCAGCCCUCAGCCCUCCCCCGCCGCCCCCCAGCAACAGCACAACCCCCAGCCCCCAGGGCAGCGGCAGCCACUCGGCCCUUGGCUUGUCAGGCCUGACCCCUGGCUCGGGAAGCUCGGUGCUGGGGGUCAACACGGGGUUAAACCCGGCCCUCAUGGCCACCAACCCACUGGCCACCAUCCAAGCCUUGGCCACUGGUGGAAGCCUGUCGCUUAGCGGCCUGGAGGGGGGCGGGACGCUGGUGCUGGGCGCGGCAGGGGGCGCGGGGGGCAGCUCGGCCCUGGGGCCAGCCCCCCUGUUCCUGAACCACGCGGGGCUGCCGCUGCUGGCCCCGCCGCCGGGCGGUGUGGGGCUGGUGCCGGCACCUCCUGGCCCCCCUGGCCUGCUGGGCAAGUCCCCCGGGCGCCCGUCCUCCUCCUCGUCCUCCUCCUCGUCCUCCUCUUCCUCCUCCUCGUCCUGCUCGUCCUGCGACGCCGGCCAUGACCCUGACCCAGAUGCCCCCAUGGAGUGAGCGGCUGGGGGGUGGGGCGCCCCAGACGGACACGUGGACGCCCAGACACCGACCAAAAAGAAACACGCAACCAAAAAGAAACAAAAAGACAAAAAAAACAAACAAACCAGACCCAAAGGAGGGACAUGGAGCCGACAAGGAGCUGACAUGGGGCCCUGAGCCUGUGGUAGGGACCGGGACCCCCGACGCGAAGCCAACAUGGGGUCCCAACCCCCCAACACGGAGUCGACAUGGAGCCCCAAGCCUGUGGUAGGGACCAGAGCCCCCAACCUGGAGCCCUGAGCUGAUGACAGUGCCCAGAGCCCCUCCCGGAAGGUCAGGGUCAGGGGUCAAGGGUCAAGCUUAGGCACCACCUUCCCCCCCUCCCCCCCACAGCUGCACCCAAAGGUUUUGUACAGACUUCUCCGCCUAGCUCCAUGGCCCUGAUCCUGCCGGAGGGAGGCGAUCUAGUCUGAGUUAGCACGGGGUGGGGGGUUCGAUCCAUGCACUGUGCAAGGGCCGGGGAGAGGAUUUAGGAGCUCUUUUUGACUCCCCUCUCCCCCCCCGCAUGCAGCCAGGGGCCAACCUCCUCCUCCAGGCUCUGGGCUCCAGCUCCAGGCCCCUCUGUGCCCCCCCCCCCGGAACCGGGGGGACCCUCAAACCAAAAAGACCCCCAAGAAUAAGGAACAAAGGACCAUGGGAGCCAGAGGCUGGGCGCUGGGGGGGGCGUCGCGGCGCCCGCGCUUUCUCUGUCUUGCCAAAUAUACCUCAUGGAGGGGCCGAGACCACUGCCACCUCCACUGGAAACCAAAUGGACCCCACGCCGGGGGUGGGGUGCAGGGGCUGAUGGACCCAGGCGUCCGGGCCCCUCCUCCCCUGACCUCAGAGCUUUAAACCCCCUUCCCGGCGCUUGGAGACCCCGGACUCAUGCCCCACCCUCAUCUCUCCUCCCCGUGGCUGACCAAAGUCCAGCCAUGAGGUGCCAUGGGUGGGGGGAGGGGGGGCGUUGAGCUUGACCUCUCCUGGACCCUUUUCUAACACUCCUCCCACCAUGGGCCCCUAAACUGCCCUUUUUGGCCCCAAAACAGGGGCCAGGGGGAGCACAGGCCACGUUCCCUCCUUUGAAUGUAUUUCUCGGAGCGACUGGCUUUUCCUUUCCGGUUUCGGGGUUGUU